UUAACUUACUACAACUACAUACUACUGAUACGGCAAUAACAUAUGCGAGUCAAUCUCACUGUCAUCUACGCAAGCCAGUUAUGUAUAAUUAAUAUACAAUUAAAGAAUGCAUUUUGGUUUAUGGAGCCUGCGAUACAAAUGGUACUAUAGCAGAGAAAAGCUAUACGAACACUCGCAAAAUAUGAAGUUAACCGACAGGAUUUGGGUGCAUCCCUCUGGAUUAGAAAAUGUGAUUUUGUUAUGGUACGAAGCUAUAAAAUGAUUCAAGAGGUACUGGGGUUGGAAUGAGGAUUUAUGUUGAUGGUGAAUCUCAGCCAAUAUACAAUGUUAUUCAGGAUACUAAUGAAAAUAGCGUUGGAUUUAUUUCACUGAUAUCUGCACGCUCACCAAAAAAGGAUAUGUUUACAGUAAGCCAAUAAGCUAACAUCACUAUUGUGCUGAUCAGAUAUGAUGAUACCAAGAAAUUAUUAAUGAAUCGAAUAACUCACCCUACCAGCAUCUCAGUAAAGUAUGACAUGAUUUCAUUCUGCGUAAAAUCAAAUAUUGCGAAAAUUUUAAUGGUACAUACUAUUCCUCACGGAGGGUUUCUGAUGAUGAUAAUAACGAAUGAAAAAUCUGGCGAAGAAAUAGAUUAUGCAAAAAAAAAAACAAGUUAUAAUGUAGUUAGAUUUGACAGCAGAGGAAGAAAAGUGGACAGCGCCCGUUUGAAUGAUUCAGAAAGACCAAAGCUUGGUAUGUGGAAAAAUAAGAAUCAAUACUGUAUACCGCUUGUACAAAUUUAUAUCAAUUGUUUUGCCGAAAAGGAUUCUGCGUAACUUGUUAGUGCAUAUCAUGUGAAACGGGGGAUAAUAUCAGUGAAUACGUGUCAAUAAAAUAACUUAAGAAAAGGGUCAUCUUUAAUCUACUGAUGCCGAUAUUCAGAAAAAGAUAUAUCAAAUGCGUUGUAAUGUUUCCAUCUGUGAUCUUCGCUAAUUAUGUCGAUUGUAAUCUGCAAUCUGAUCAUUCCCAAUGAAUAUUAAGCAUACUAAUUGUUGGACUAAAAUUCUUUCAUUUUAAAAUAACGAAUUGUUUUAUAGAAGUUCGCUACUGCCAUAAAUCGCAUACAUCGCUUGAUAACUACAAAGAUAUUGAUUUUAGUUGUACAGAGCAAUUGAAAAUGAAGAAAUCAACCUGCAUUGGCCAAAGUAUCAAGCAUAAUUGAAUAAUGAAUUUUUCAACUAUCAUUUCUAUAGCUAUUUUACAAAUCAGCAGAGUUCAUUUCAAACAUUGCUGUCAGUGCAGGUCACUUAUCCCCACGAACGUCACAUACGGAAAUUCACGUAUCUAGUAUGGCAAUUGAGUAUUAAAAGGGACUGGGCGAAAGAUCCAAACGUUAGUUUCAAUGUACGUGGAGUCACGGAGAUUUCUCUCGAGAUGCUUAGCUCAAUGACCGUCAUUGCAGUUCUUUUCUUGCUCUGCUGUGGGCAAUUUCAAAAUGCAAACGCAGUUAUCGAAGUAGCUGAAAAGUCGCACAGAUUCGAUCAAGGUUUCCUCUUCCUCGACGCAUCUUCUUUCAAGGAUGGCAAUCUCGUCUACGCAACGUGCGACAGAAACACAACGAGUAUGACCAAAUGCAAAGUGGUUCAAGAAAACUACCCCUACGAAGACAUCACUCACUCUUGUUCGAUUACUUUACGAGGUGAUCACGAAGAUUCAGAUCUGAGUGUACGUAUUGGAAUCUCGGCACUUGGCAAAGACAAAGCGAUUCUCGUAUGGACAGAUUAUCAUAAUACUUCGACGACCAUCGAGAUCGGUACCGUUAGUCUCAAAACUUGUAAGAUGAAUAAGAUAAAGAUACCCGAUGCUGGAAUUGCUGUGUUCGCUGAAAUGAUUCACACGAAUAAAAUCGUCGCUUAUAAUGACGAUUCUUAUGACAUCUUCUUCGACGAUCUCAAACGAUGCGGCGGAAGAAUGUGCAAGUUGCAGGUGUCGGCGGAUGGCAAAGCUAAAGGUGAACCUGCCGCUGCUAAAAUGGCUAAUGGAUUUGUCUCUUAUGCUUCGUCGGUUGCUACUCACUCACCUGCUAAAGGGUACGCUUAUGUCAAGAAGAUUGGUGAUAAUUCCGUUCUUUAUCUUCUGAAACCUGACGGAACGGAAAAGCAAUUGGCCAAAUAUGAAGGCAUUCCAAUCCGUGUUGUCUCCGUAGGUAACGAUUUCAUAAGCGCGUGCACUAAUGCCACUGAGGUCACCUGCACGCAAUUCGAAGAUGAUGGUGACGUCAAAUUGACGACCACGAUGAGUGACAUCAAUAAAAAUACCAAACCUGUAUCCGUAAACAACUUAGCUGAUGGUAGCAUUCUCGUCUUGUUCGCCGAGUUUAAACAAUGUGAACCACAAGCAGGUUGUAAUGGCGUAACUGGAUACCAAGUGGUGAAAAUUAGUUCGGAUGGGAAGAAAACUGGUACUUUGAAGACCCAAGAGCUCGAAACUGCUACAGGUGUUACUAGGAAAUCUUAUAUCUACAAGAAUGGUGACGAAGGAUAUUGCGCUGCUGUUAUUGGACAAAAUUCAACUACGAAUGAAAACGAGCCAAGCGAUUUUAGAAUCGUUGUCAACUGUUUCACUGAUGCCGACUUUUCAACCGAAUAAUGAAGAAACUUUGCGAGAAUAAUAGUAGUUAAAAAAACUGUAUUUGUAGUUUUUCAUACAUCUAUAUCAUUUAUAAGAAUAAAGUGUAUUUAAUAAAAAUCAAAUUAU